CCAGGAUGAUUCUCCUCUCUGUUUUCAAAGCGUUGGGUCAGAUUUGAAGAAAAGCCACAGAGUGCUUGUUGUCCUCCAGCUGCACUAAAAAGGAGACUUUUAUUUUGAAACUGAAGAUAAUGUGAGCAGAACAAGGAAACUGUGUGAAGAAAGGUUAAAUAUUUAGAGCGGGAUGGCUCCAGAGCUUCUGACCGUCAUCGUGGCUUCAGGCUCGUGUGUAGCGCUGUGUUUGGUGAUCCUGAUGUUGGUGGUGGCUUUCUACAGAAAAGAUCCUCUCUGCUGCAGAUUCAGACCAGACAGGACCGAGCACUGCAGUGAUGAAUCGCCUCACUACCACAGCAGACACUCUCUGAUCACCAUCGCCCAGGAUGAACAAAGUGCUGCCAUGAACCAGGGAGCUGAUGGACCACAGCUUUCUGGAAGGUUGUUUAUAAUCGGGAAACCAAACGACUACUAUCUGAGCGGAGGUCUGCCCAGGCUGCCGUCCUAUGAGAGCGUCCGUAAGAAGGACCGACAGAGACAGAUCCACGACAUGAUCUCACAAAGAUUUGGACUCAACGGCUGUCCAAACGAGCCUCCACCAACAUAUGAGGAAACCCUUCGCCAGUCGGCUGAAAUUUCCCCUCAUCACCAGCACACUUUAGACGUUCAUCUGUUGGCCCACAGCCACGAUGACCCCUCAGCCCUCAGUGAAGACUCACAGGACACAAACCGACCAUCAACAUCACUCCAAGACUCAGCGUCCUCCUCCACGCCGGCUCACAGCUCCACGUUUCUCUCCGUCUGAUGCUCUUCGAGCUCUGUUACAGAAGAAGAAGACUUGUUUGUGCCAGGAGAGUUGGUGUUGAUUAGUCACUGAGCUUUUAUUCUUUUUAAUGACUCUGACUCAAGCUGUACACUCCAAGAGUGACGAUGACACAUGGCUGCAUUGUUCAUGUAUUUACCAGCAGGUUUAAGUGACGUGUUGUUCCAGGAAGAGAUUAUUUAACAGUGUGCUUCUUUAGAAACUGGCCUCCAUGUUUCACUGUUAAAGCCUUGCCCUUCAUGACUUUAAAUAGAGAUUUUAUACCAAUUAAAUCAGCAGUGUUUGAAGUUUUCCUAAUCUUAUGUUAAUUUAGUCCAUAAUAGUUAAGGAUUUUCAGUCUGGUCCAAACUGUUGAGUUAUUAGAGGGCUUUUUUUGGCCUCCCAGGAGUCUUAGAGCUGUGUUUCUUGAAGAUGCUUCUGUAGUUUGAGAGCAGGUUUGGCUUAAACAGUAACUCAUCAGUAAUGAGUGAUACUCGGAGUUUAAGAGCUAAAGUACGACAGCAGGGUUACUCUUUAACUCUGAUCAAACAUUCAGCACAGAAAACACAAAACCAACACAACCAGGAAUCCUCAGAGAGAGAUUACACUGUAAAAAAUGAACUUUUGUGUUUCUAUUGAGCAGUAACCGACCUGAUACCAGGCUGGACUGUCAAUAGUGCUCAGUUAUUCAGUAACUUUAUGACCUAUUUAGUCUUUUUAAGGAAAAUGAUCAUGUGAAGUGUAAGAUGGGUCAGAUUUCUUCAUGUUUUAAUAGAAAUAUUCCUCUUUGAGUUCAAUCCCCCAGGCUGUAGAGUUCACAGUGACCCAUUAGAAAUCUCUCUCCAUCACGUCUUUUUCAAACUCCUCGUAUCAAUCAUCAGUUCUGCUUCAUGGCGGCGCCCACACUCCCGUUCAGUGUACCAGGCGUCUCAAACACUCCCUCUGCAUACCACCGCUGCCUUCCCAUGAAUAAAAAGGCUCACGUUUAUCUCCUCAUUCCUGUAAAAGGCAGGAAAAUAUCUCAAAGAUAAGAUUGUCCAUGAUUUAUUUACACAGAAAAGUUACAUUACGGCUUAAUGGUAAAAAUGCAAGGAACUCACAGGUCAGUUUAUUCAAGGCAUUGAAUUUUAAAUUCAGUUUUUAUUAAUGGUAAAAUAUAAGUACAUUUUGGUUCUUUUUAGGAUGCAAAUGAGGAUAAAAUCAAACUGAGGGGCCUGCAGGAUUAUUAACUGAUGCAUGUGCACCAUCUUGUGGUCAGUUUUGGUACUGCAUCUUCCUUAAACACAUCUGAACAUGGGGAAUCCUUUUCUAAGGGUUUCAAGAAUUCAGCAGAGGUGGAAAAAGUGUGCGACUAUUGUACUCAAGUGAAGUUAAAAUCUACUUAACUAAAAGUAUGGUAAAAUAUAAGCUUUCUUUAUUGGCAAGAACAAAAAGAGAAUAGAUCUCUAACUUGGUUGUUCAGGUAAAGAAUAGGUAAAUAUUAUGAAACAGAAUACACAGUAAAACUGGCAUAAAAAUGAAGUUAAAAUGACAAAAUCAGACUCAUAUUUCACAAAAGAGGUUCCUGAACUUUUCAGCCUGUGACCCCAAAAUUAACAGUGUCAGAGAAUGGAGACCCCACCUUCUCUGGA